AUGAAGAUCACGGUGCGGGGGUCGGAGAUGGUGUACCCGGCGGCGGAGACGCCGCGUCGCCGGCUCUGGAACUCGGGGCCCGACCUGGUGGUGCCGCGGUUCCACACGCCCAGCGUCUACUUCUUCCGCCGCAGGGACGCGGACGGGAACGACCUGACGGCCCCGGACGGCAGCUUCUUCGACGGGGCGCGGAUGCGGCGCGCGCUGGCGGAGGCGCUGGUGCCCUUCUACCCGAUGGCGGGGCGGCUGGCGCGCGACGAGGACGGGCGCGUCGAGAUCGACUGCAACGCCGGCGGGGUGCUGUUCCAGGAGGCGGACGCGCCCGACGCCACCAUCGACUACUUCGGCGACUUCGCGCCCACCAUGGAGCUCAAGCGCCUCAUCCCCACCGUCGACUUCUCGGACGACACCUCCUUCCCGCUGCUCGUGCUCCAGGUGACCCACUUCAAGUGCGGUGGCGUGGCUAUCGGCGUUGGCAUGCAGCACCACGUAGCCGACGGCUUCUCCGGCCUGCAUUUCAUCAACUCGUGGGCGGACCUCUGCCGCGGCGUCCCGAUCGCCGUCAUGCCCUUCAUUGACCGCUCACUCCUCCGCGCGCGUGACCCGCCGACCCCGGUCUACCCGCACAUCGAGUACCAGCCGGCGCCCGCCAUGCUGUCCUCUGAGCCGCCACAGGCGGCCCUCACGGCCAAGACGGCGACGCCGCCCGCAGCCGUGGCCAUCUUCAAGCUCUCUCGCGCCGAGCUCGGCCGCCUGCGUUCGCAGCUCCCCGCGCGCGAGGGCGCGCCGCGGUUCAGCACGUACGCGGUGCUGGCGGCGCACGUGUGGCGGUGCGCGUCCCUGGCGCGCGGCCUGCCGGCCGACCAGCCCACCAAGCUGUACUGCGCCACGGACGGUCGGCAGCGGCUGCAGCCGCCGCUGCCGGAGGGCUACUUCGGCAACGUGAUCUUCACGGCGACGCCGCUGGCGAACGCCGGCACGGUGACGGCCGGCGUGGCGGAGGGCGCGUCCGUGAUCCAGGCGGCGCUGGACCGGAUGGACGACGGGUACUGCCGGUCGGCGCUGGACUACCUGGAGCUGCAGCCGGACCUGUCGGCGCUGGUCCGCGGGGCGCACACGUUCCGGUGCCCCAACCUGGGGCUCACCAGCUGGGUGCGCCUGCCCAUCCACGACGCGGACUUCGGGUGGGGCCGGCCCGUGUUCAUGGGCCCCGGCGGCAUCGCGUACGAGGGGCUCGCGUUCGUGCUCCCCAGCGCCAACCGCGACGGCAGCCUGUCCGUGGCUAUCUCGCUGCAGGCGGAGCACAUGGAGAAGUUCCGGAAGCUCAUCUACGACUUCUGA